AUGACGCCCGCAGAAGCACCCCCAAAUGAGCCCCCAAAACGAUCCAUCAACCUUCUUCGUGGGUGGCCAUCGCCUAAUGUAUUACCAGCAGAGGCACUCAAGGCGGCCGCAAAUGUCGUUCUGUCCAAUCCCGACAUCUUUGUUCCAGGUCUUCAAUACGGCCCUGAUCCAGGCUAUCAGCCUCUGCGUGAAGAGCUGUCCAAGUUCCUAAGCAAAGAAUAUGGCACAGAGGCAGACGCCGAGAGGAUCUGCAUCUCAGGCGGCGCGAGCCAGGCACUGGCUUGCAUACUACAGUCUUUCACCGAGCCAGUAUAUACCAAGGCCGUAUGGGCGAUUGCGCCUUGCUAUUACCUGGCAUGUGCUAUCUUCGAGGACUCCGGAUUCAAGGGACGGCUGAAAGCAGUUCCUGAGGACGAUGAGGGUAUCGAUCUAGAUUGGCUCGAGAGGGGCCUGAAGAAAAUCGAGGACAAGAUCGACCCGGAUGAGGCGCCUGUGUACAAGAACCCGAAUCUCAGGAAGGUCUACAGGCAUGUCAUCUACGCGGUCCCUUCUGCCGCGAACCCAUCAGGGAAGACUAUGACGCUCAGGAGGAGGGAGGCGCUCGUUCGUCUGGCACGCAAGUACGACUGCCUCAUCAUCUGCGACGAUGUUUAUGACUUUUUGCAAUGGCCUGUCGUCGGAUCCUCUUCGAAUCCUCCCUCAGGUGCACCGCCGGCCAAGGUCAAGAUACUUCCGAGACUCUCGGACAUCGACUUUGCGCUGGGGCCCAGCACACAUGAUCAAUCUCAGCCAGACGGCAAGUGGUUCGGCCAUGCUAUCAGCAACGGCUCCUUCAGCAAGAUUGUCGGGCCAGGCAUAAGAACCAGCUGGGUUGAGGGCACGCGGGACUUCGCCUUUGGUCUUGCGCAGACCGGCUCGACCAAGUCUGGCGGCGCACCCAGCCAGCUGUGCGCGACGAUCGUCUGCGAGAUGAUGAAGAGUGGCCAGCUGGCGCGGCACAUCGACGAGGCCUGCAGGCCAAGUCUGCAGAGGAGGCACGCGCUGAUGAUGCAGGCUGUGCAUGAACACUUGGACCAGUUCGACAUCGAGGUGCUGGACUCAAAUCCCACGGAUGGUGGACAGAGGGCCUACGGAGGCUAUUUCGUGUGGAUUACAUUUCGAAAGGGGCCUACGGCCCAGUCUAUCGCGAAACGAGCGUUGGAGGACGAGAAUCUGAUCGUGCCACCAGGCCAGAUGUUUCAGGUCACCGGCGAUGAGAAGGCAGUGCAGUUCCCCAACAGCAUCCGACUGUGUUUUGCGUGGGAAGAAGAACAAGACCUCGUCGAGGGAGUCGCACGCCUCGGCCGCACUGUACAGUCCCUUUGGGACCAAGGGGAGCAAGAGCUACCAGGCGACUCUGGCGGUAGCAAGCUAGACGCUUUCUACUGA